GGACAGCACACUAACUAUACUUAUUUGAGUUUAGUGGACCACGCUUAAGGUGGGAUGGGAUAAGCUGUCUUUUUACGCUUUUUGUGAGGAUAAGAAAUGCGGUUAGUUAGCUCAUGCUAACGCAGGAGGAGCAAUGCAGUAAGGUUGACUUUUGUAAGUGUAAUGAAGGAUGGACCCUGUUGUGCUGAGCUACCAGGACAGCUUGCUUCGACGCUCUGACGUGUCGCUGCUGGAAGGACCAAAUUGGCUCAAUGACCAAAUCAUCGGAUUUGCCUUUGAGUACUUGGCUGGUGAGCGCUUUCGAAUCCUGGGGGAGAACAUCAUCUUCAUCAGCCCAGAGGUCACCCAGUUUAUCAAGUGUGCUUCCACCCCAGAGGAAUUAGCCAUGUUCCUUGAGCCUCUGGAUCUGGCCUCACGUCGCUGGGUCUUCCUGGCUGUGAAUGACAACUCCAACCAGACUGCAGGGGGGUCUCAUUGGAGCCUUCUGGUGUAUCACCAUAACUCCAACCACUUUGCUCACUAUGACUCUCAACAUUGCAGCAACUCGCUGCAUGCUCGGCGCAUUGCCAGCAAGUUGGAAACCGUGUUGGGUGCAGGAAGAAAAGCUCUAUUUGUAGAGGAGCCCAGCCCGACACAACAUAACAGUUACGACUGCGGCAUGUAUGUCAUCUGUAUAGCUGAAGCUUUGUGCGAGAAGGCUCAGCAGGAGGGCUCGCCACACCUGCCUGUGCAAACCCUCACCCCAGCCUUUAUCACACAGAAGAGGGCGGAAUGGUGCCUAUUGAUCCAGAGUCUUGCUAAGAGUGACUUAGGCUGCACUCUGUCUUUUCCUUAGCUCACUGAGAGUAGUGUAUUCAGCUGAAGCAAUCAAUGCGCUUCUUAAGUAUAAUAAAACAAAUGAUUUCAAUUAUAUAGUCAUAUGCAUGGAAGAAAGUGACAGUAUUCUGAAUCGUUUGAUGAAUUCAGUUCUGUCAUGCUUAUCUCUCAUGUAAGCAUUGCAACACACAAAAGAAACACAAGUCUGUCAUUAAGACAGGUACAAUAUUUAGACAUAAAUGCUAAGAUACAGGUUGUUUAACAUUAUGAGAACACCAGCAUGCCUGAAAUGAACGUGCUCGCUUGUGCAUAUUUAGACAAGAUGGAGAAGAUGUCAUGUGUCAUUUUGCUCUAUUUUAUGUGUUUGGAGCAAAUGCAGAAACGUUUACACACAUUAUUGCUCAGGGUUUAUUUCAAAUGAACAAGGAUUGACAGCAUGUGAAUCGUAAGGCUGGCUUCGCAUAUUUGCUCGUGUUUGGUUAAAUGCACUUCUUAAUCAAUUCAUCCAUCAAGACUUGGACUUUGUGUGGUGCAGAAUGUUCUGCAGUUGAACAGUGCAUUGUUGAGUGAAUGGAUGAAUUUUAUGUUCUUUAAUAAAGCUCAGUAUCAGUCUAAGAAUUGUUACACUUGUCACAUAUUUAUAAACCGAAUGGACAAUUUGAGUUGCAGUCACAUUACCAAAAAUAAGUCAUUAAUAGCAGAAGCAUGCAUGGAUGAAUGGAUGACCAAAAAUAUUUAAUUAAUAUACUAGCAAAGCCUUCUCUCUACACUUCUCUAAACACUAUCAGAACCACUGACCUACAUUUUCAACUUCAAUUCUAGUAUUUGUUUCAUUUGUAUUAAUGUAUUCCCAACAGUCUGUUAUCU